GGUCAGUAGAGUUCACGCAAGCAUGCACGGCUGGUAACCACGUGACAAACCGUGGAAGUUCCAUGCGUUGCGUUCUCUCAAAAUGUCCGCGCCCGAGGAAGACACGUUUCCUUGCGAAGAUGGAGAUGUUGAAGCUAUGGAAGCAAGUGGCAGCGACGAGGACGAAAUGGAUGAAGAAAGGGAAGAUGGAACAGGAGAAGCCAAAGUGUAUGUUCCCGGUUUGCAGCCGCUACAACCCGGAGAAGAGCUAGAAAUGGAUCGAUCAGCUUAUCACAUGUAUCACGAAUGCCAGACAGGAGCACCUUGUCUAAGUUUUGAUGUUUUGAGAGAUGAAGAAGGAGAUGGAAGGGAAGAGUUUCCACUUUCAAUGCUUCUCUGUGCUGGAACACAGGCUGACACUGCGCUCAGCAACAGACUCAUUGUCAUGCGGAUGUACAACCUGUACGGAACACAGAAGGCCAAGGAAGGGGAGGGCAGCAGUGAUGAAGAGAGUGAUGAAGAUGAUGAAGAGGAUGAGGACAAGAAGCCACAGAUGGAACUGGCCAUGAUGCCACAUUAUGGAGGCAUCAACAGAGUUCGAGUGACUAAGCGAGGGGAGCAGUCACUGGCUGCCGUCUGGUCUGAGAAAGGUCAGGUGGAGAUCUUUGACCUCCGACCUCAGUGUGAGGCCGUCCACAGCUCUGCAGCCAUGGCUGCGUUCAUAAAACAGCAGAAGGAGGCCACACCUCUCUUCAGUUUCUCGGGCCACAUGACCGAGGGCUUUGCCAUCGACUGGUCACCCAAAGUGCCGGGGCGCCUGAUCAGCGGCGACUGCAAAAAGAACAUUCAUGUCUGGGAGCCACGGGAGGAUGGCGCGUCUUGGCAGAUCGACCAGCGGCCGUUCAGCUCUCACACGAAAUCUGUGGAGGACCUCCAGUGGUCGCCCACAGAGGCUACGGUUUUUGCUUCCUGCUCUGUGGAUCAGUCUAUCCGUGUGUGGGACACCAGGGCUCCUCCUAACUCCAUGCUCUCAGCAAAUGAGGCACACUCUUCAGAUGUCAACGUCAUCAGUUGGAACCGAACUGAGCCCUUCUUGGUUUCAGGAGGGGAUGAUGGACAUCUGAAAGUAUGGGACCUGAGACAGUUCCAGAGUGGCCGACCUGUCGCUACGUUCAAACAGCACAGUGCCCCCAUUACCUCAGUGGAAUGGAACCCCGUCGACUCAAGUGUUUACGCCGCCUCUGGGGCAGACGACGUGGUCAGCCAAUGGGAUCUCUCUGUGGAGUCAUGUGACGUGGGAGCACGUGCAGAGGGGGUGAAGGAUCUGCCACCACAGCUGCUGUUCCUGCACCAGGGUCAGUCUGAAGUGAAGGAGAUUCACUGGCACCCACAGAUACCCGGGGCCCUCGUCUCCACAGCACUGUCAGGCUUCAAUGUGUUCAGGACUAUCUCUGUGUGAGAGGCUGUGUCUGUCUAUGUAUGCAUGCACAAGUGGGCAAGAUGAAAAGUGUGUGUGUGUGUGUGUGUGUGUGUGUGUGUGAGAGAGACUCAUUAUGUGUUCCUCGUCUUUCCCUUGUAUGGCUUACUUUGUGCAGUUACUGUUAACCUUACAUCAUUGGUUGGUUUUAUUUCAUUUAUUCAUCAUGAAAUCCGCUUUAAACCCUUGGACUGUCCCCACAACAGCUGAUUUUUUUUGUACAGUUCAUGUGCAAAAUAUAAUGUAUAUCUAUGUAUACUGUAAUAAAUUUUUCACUCUUGUCUCAAA